AUGGGACCAUUUCCCAUGUCUAAAGGCAACAAAUACAUAUUGGUGGCGGUGGAUUAUGUAUCCAAAUGGGCGGAGGCACAAGCGUUACCAACUAAUGACAGUCGGGUAGUGGUGCGGUUUUUAAAGAAGUUAUUUUCACGAUUUGGAGUCCCGAAAGCUCUUAUAAGUGACCGAGGCACACAUUUUGCCAAUGAUCAACUAGAUAAGGUGCUAAGGAAAUAUGGGGUAACCCAUAAAUUUUCUACAUUCUACCAUCCACAAACUAGUGGACAAACCGAAGUGACAAAUCGAGCUUUAAAGCGAAUAUUGGAGAAAUCGGUGGGGAGUAAUCACAAAGAAUGGUCGGAUAAGCUAGACGAUGCACUUUGGGCCUUCCGUACAGCUUUCAAAACGCCUAUUGGUACUACACCAUAUAGGUUAGUUUAUGGAAAGCAAUGCCAUUUGCCGGUGGAGAUAGAGCAUAAAGCGUUUUGGGCUUUAAGGAUGUGCAAGUUCAACAUGGAGGAACUUAAGAGCAACCGGUUAAUGCAAAUGAAUGCUCUUGAGGAGCUUAGAAAUGAUCCAUACUCUAGUUCGUUGAUCUAUAAAGAGAAGACCAAGAUGUGGCAUGAGAAGAGGUGCUAA